AUGUGCCAAGAAAGACUAUCUGCGUUGUCAUUAGUAUCAGCUGAAGCAGAAAUAGCGGCUGGCAUCAACUACGACGUGGUGGACGUGCGGUGGCCGUGCCUCCUGCUGCGCGCCAUCGGCCUGUGGGCGCCGGAGCGGGGCUGCCUCCGCCGGCUCUACUCGGCCUACACGCUGUGGUCGCUGCUGCAGCUGGUGGCCAGCGUCGCGGGGCAGUUGGCAGGCCUGCGCGGCCACUGGGACCACCUGCCCACAGUCGCCACCUCCGUCUGCCUCAUCGUCACCUCCGUCUGCACUUUGUUCAAGGCGUCGUCGUUCGCGCUGCGGCGGCGGCGCGUGGACGCGCUGGUGCGCCGCGUCGCCGGCAACCUGUCCCGCUUCUGCGCGCACCGGCCGCGCGCCAGGGCCGCCGUGGUGCGCAGGGCGCGCGCGCGCGCGUUGCGCAUGAUCUCCACCUUCCUGGGCAUCGGCGGCGUCGCGCUCGUCUUCUUCUACCUGGGGCCCGUCAUACAGAACGUCAAAGACAACAGGCUGAAGGCCGCGGCGGCAGCGAACGAGACGCUGGACCCGCUGCUGGGCCGCAACCUGGCGAUGCUGCUGUGGUGGCCGCGCGGGCAGCCGGUGGGGACGCCCGCCUACCAGCUGGCGUACGCGGGCGUCUGCUACUGGCUCAUGCUGCUCUACCUGUCCACCAGCACGCUCGACACCUUCUACGUCACGCUCAUCAUCUACCUGUCCUCGCAGCUCAAGGUUCUCAACAUCGACUUCCUCUCCAUCGCGGAAGGCGCUGACGGCGGCGGCGACGACGACGAAGGCCUCGAAAAACGGGGGAGGACCCACGAGAGGCUGUUAGAAUGCAUCAUCUUCCACCAGGAAGUUAUAAAGUCGGUGGACGAGAUGGAGUCUAUCCUGAGUGCGUCAAUUCUAGUGCAGUUCCUCGCCAGCACGCUCGUCAUCUGUUUCACUGCGUUCGUCAUCACAACGGCGGAGAAUAAGCAGGACCUGCCGACGUACAUCACGUACCUCGCCACGAUGUUCUACGAGCUGUUCCUCUACUGCUGGUACGGAAACGAGCUGCUCGCCGAGAGCGAGCGGCUGCAGACGUCGGCCUACGGCUGCGGCUGGCCCGACGCCGGCGCCGCCUUCCAGCGCACGCUGCGCGUCGCCAUGGCGCGCCUCCAGCGGCCCGUCUGCCUCACCGCCGGCAAGUUCUACAAGAUCUCCCGCGAGACCUUCCUGCUACUGCUGAACGGUUCCUACUCGUACUUCGCGCUGCUGCACCAGAUGAACGACCGCUAA